ACUUGACUCAUAUUAUUCUUCUACACACCAUAUUUGCAACUGUUUUUCAAUCCAUAACAAAGCUUCUAAACAAAAUGACUUGGAUUUCAAUCUUCACUGGUAAAUCUGGAUUUGCAGCUUCUUCUACUGCUGAAGAUGUUACUAAAGGAAUCGAUGGAACCGGUCUCACUGCUAUUGUUACUGGAGCUACAAGUGGUAUCGGGUUAGAAACUGCGCGUGUGCUCGCUUUACGCGGUGUCAACGUCGUUAUGCCAGUCAGAAACCUCGAAGCCGGUGAAAAAAUAAAAGAAAGCAUUGCAGAAAAAAUCCCCAAUGCAAAACUUGAAGUGAUGGAGUUGGAUGUGAGCUCACUCGAAUCCGUUAGAAAAUUCGCAUCGCAAUAUUGUCAAAAGGGACUUCCAUUAAACAUCUUGAUUCUAAACGCAGGGAUUAUGACUCCUCCAUUCACUCUAAGCAAAGACAACAUUGAAUUGCAGUUUGCUACCAACCAUGUUGGUAACUUCCUUUUAACAAACUUGUUGUUGGAUACCAUGAAAAAGACCGCGAAAGAAAGCGGGAAAGAAGGAAGGAUAGUGAUUCUUUCCUCUGAAGUUCAUAGAGUGACAUACAAAGGAGGCAUUAUGUUCGAUAAAAUCAACGACGAAAAGAGCUAUAACGCGUUGUACGCUUAUGGGCAAUCAAAGCUUGCUAAUGCAUUGCACGCAAGCGAGCUCACAAGACGGUUACAGGCUGAGGGGGUGAAUAUAACCGCCAAUUCGCUGCACCCUGGAGUUAUUAAAACGAAUCUAGCGCGUCACGGUGGUUUCUUCUCUAUAUUCCUUAACACGGUCCAUAGUUUCUUGAAGAACGUCCCACAGGGAGCUGCAACUACAUGCUAUGUAGCGUUGCACCCGCAACUUAAGGGUGUUAGCGGGCAGUAUUUUGCUGACAGCAACUUGAGUAAAGCAAGCGGGUAUGCACGCGACCCAGAAUUGGCAAAGAAACUGUGGGAUUUCAGUGUGAAGUUGACCGAAUCGAAGUAAUCUAUCUGGUGGUCAACUUCAUUUCAUGUACUGUUUUCUUUGUAAAAUGAAUGAAACAAAACAAUAAUGUAUGUUAUAGUAAUAAUAUCAGUUGUAAGAAGAGUUCUGAAUAUUUUAUGUAAUUGUUUUUACUUUUUAUGAUGAAUGAAAGACUAAGGCAUGUUUACACA